CUUCCCCAAACACACCACGCUAAAGGCGGCCUGCGGUUACAGCAGGCGACAGCCACUAAACAGUGGGGGGCAGUCAGCAGCCUCGUCUUCAGCAAUAGGCGAGUGUUUCGACAAUCCAACCUUUUCCCUCCGCCGGCUUAAUCCAAUCUUAGUUGUUUUCGCCCAUCUCCUGCAUUCCCGAAACCGAGAUAUGCCGUCGGACGAUUACACGUCAUUCAGCGGAGGUGGCGCCCUCAAGCUGAAGGGCGGCAAGGUGUCCAAGUCCAAGAAGAAGAAGAACAGGGACAAGCCGUCCGAUCUGGAGCGGUCGUUGUCUACCGGCGAAGCUGCGUCGGAGAUCGCUGCUGCGAAGCCCAGCAGCAGCAACAACAGGAAGCGCGAGAAGGAUGCCGACAAGACAAAGGAUGAGGAGGACAGGGCGCGGCAAGAGGAUGACGACGAGCCGCCCGAGUACAAGACCGAGGCUCAGAAGCGGCACGAGGAGUACAAGAGGAAGAAGAUGCUAGAACUGUCGAAAUCCGCGAGCUCAAGACCAGAACUACUCAAGACGCACAAGGAGAGGGUGGAGGAGCUCAACACAUACCUGUCGAAACUUAGCGAGCAUCACGACAUGCCCAAAAUCGGUCCCGGCUAAGUCAGAUGGGAGGGCCCUCGCUUUUCUCUUCCUUUUCUUUUUCGAACGACAAGCACCGUAUCUUUGUAUCAUAUCUCUGGUUUAAAAUAGGAACUAUACCCACGGGCGUCAGGUAGAAGAAACAAAUAUUGGCCGUUGUUGUCGUGCCGGCUAUCGUUGAACUUCAAAUUGCUUCUGCUGGCAUGUGCAAUCAUCUGCGAGCAUUGCGUUGUCUUGGUCUUGUAGACAAAACAAAAGCUCCUGCCAAGCGCGCCACGUUUUCAACACAUGAGUGUCAUAACUAGGUUGUGUUUUCAUUCCGCACUUUGCACAUAUUUGAAAAACGGGAC